AUGUAUUUAACAAUAACACCAAAUCUUAAUGAAUUUUUUUGCAUUACUUUCAUUCUAUUGUUAUCAAUAUUUAUUGAUAAAACAUCUGCAUCUGCUGGUUAUUGUUAUCAAUGUAAUUCGAGAAAUCCAUUAUGUCGUAUUGAUGUUAAUGCAACACUUAAAGUAGAUGGAACGCCAUGCAAUGGACAAUGUUAUACACGUAUAAAUCGUGCUGAUAAAAAUACACUUUCCCGAGGUUGCUCAUGGGAAUUUGGUUUUAUGAAUCCACAAGAACCAAAUACUCUUAUACUUGAAGGAAAUUCUGUUUGGAUUUUUUGUGAUACACCUUUUUGCAAUGUCGAAGCAACAGCUCUAUUAAAUACUGUGUGUUUUCAACCUAUUUGCAGUUUUCUUAGAUUUCCUGAAGAUUGUCGAUUACCUAAUGCAGAUAUAACAUGUGGACGAUUUUGUGGUAAUUUAUUAUGUGGUUCAAGACCAAUACGUCGUCGUAACCGUAACCGAAAUCGUAAUCGUAAUCGUAUUCGUAAUCCAUAUGUAUUGACUUAUUUUAUAGGAAACAAUAGAAUAAAACAUAAAUAUGAACGUCGUCGUGGUGUUUGGCUUACAUAUGUAAUUCUUCUUUUUGUUCUUCACUUUAUUUUACUUAGUAUACCUUAUAUAACAACACCUGUAGCAUGGACUUUAACAACAACUAUUCAUAAUAUUUGUAGCUUUUAUUUAUUUCAUUUGAUCAAAGGCGCUCCAUGGGAAACAAGUGAUCAAGGUUUAGCACGUCGUUUUACAUUUUGGGAACAAAUUGAUAAUGGUGUUCAAUGGACAGGUACAAGAAAAUUUCUUCAAAUUGUUCCCGUUGUCUUAUUCUUCAUUGCUAGUUUUUAUACAAAGUAUGACAAAACGCAUUUUAUAAUUAAUAUGGCAACAAUGCUUCUUGCUGUAAUACCAAAAUUUCCCAUUUUUUUUGGUGUACGUUUAUUUGAUAUAAAUCGUUAUUAA